AUGAGGAGUCAACUGGGACUAGCUCAACAAUAUCUCCUUCAACUUGUUCUUGGAUUCGAUCUCCCACAGGAAGAUGGUUUUCUGGAUGCUUGCCCAGGUCCCGGUGGCCAUGGCCAAAUCUACCUCUUCGUCGUCCCUAGAGAUGUUAUCGUUGUAUCUCUGGUCACUGGAGUGUUGCUUGAGCAAAGCCUUGGUGAACGACAACACUACCAAGUUGAAGUAGAACCGGAUCACACUGAUGAGCAAGGUGCCACUCAAGGUGAUGAACAACUCUCUGUCCGCGGAAGCUCCCCGCUUGAUGCUAGCAACGGGAGGCUCCACGGCUCUGGUGCUCACCCCAGUGGACAAACCGUCAUCCUCUCUGCUGAACCAGAAGUGGGUGAAGUAAAGGGUGUAGAAAACCCCCACCAAGGUGUCAAUGGUGUAGACGAUGGUGGCUAUCGACAACUUACGCACAUUCUUCGGCUUGUUAUUCAAGUGGAUCAACGCUUCCUUAUUGAUGAUGGCUAUUCCAAGCACAAUUUCAACUCCGAUGUAAAGAGGAAUCACACCAAGAAAUUUCUAGAGCUGAGAGAAGAGCAUUCACAAAUGUCUUUAGAAGAGGUCACCGCCAAAGUCAACGAGAUAUACGUCGACAGUUCCGACAGCGAAAGCGAACUCUCUGAUAACGAGAAGCCUCGUGUGCCUAAAACCAUCACCGAGAAGGAAGAUAUAGUCACCAAAUAUGCUGACAAGAUAAAGACCGACCCCAUCAAAAAGGGUCCCAAGGUCACCAAGGACAGGGCCAACAGAGCCACGGUUGAACAGGUGUUAGAUCCUAGAACUAUGAGAUUUUUGGCCAAAAUCAUCAACAAGGGCAUACUUUCCAGAAUCAAUGGAUGUAUAAGUACAGGAAAAGAAGCAAAUGUCUACCACGGAGACCACGAAGACCCCGAAAUAUCCGACCGGGAGUACGCAGUCAAGAUCUACAAAACUUCUAUUCUUGUCUUCAAAGACAGAGAAAGAUAUGUUGAUGGAGAAUUCAGAUUCAGAAAUACAAAGGGCCAAAGUAACCCAAGAAAGAUGGUCAAAGUGUGGGCAGAAAAAGAGUUCAGAAAUUUGAAGAGAAUACAUUUGAGUGGGAUUCCAUGUCCUGAGCCAAUAGAGUUAAGGUCACAUGUGUUGGUGAUGGAAUAUUUAACUAAGGGUAAGGGCCAGCCAUCUCCAAAGCUUAGAGAUCAUCCUUUCAAAGAUGUGGAUGAAAUUGUGCAUUACUACCACCAAAUGCUCUUCUACAUGAGACGUAUGUACCAAGAGUGUCGUUUGGUACAUGCUGAUUUGAGUGAGUAUAAUUCUAUUGUUCAUUUUGACAAGCUUUACAUUAUUGAUGUGUCACAAUCGGUUGAGCCUGAUCAUCCUAUGGCUUUGGACUUUUUGAGAAUGGAUAUCAAGAAUGUCAAUGAUUUCUUCUCUAGAAAGAAAAUCAAUGUUUAUCCUGAAAGGUUGAUCUUCAAGUACAUCACAGAAGAAAACCAUGUGUUGGGAGUGGAAUCCAACAGUGACGAGGACUUGGGUAAGUACUUGGAAAACUUGCCGUUGAAGACCGAAAAUGACGAUGAGGUAGAAGAUGAGAUUUUCAGAUCCCUUCAUUUGGUGAGAUCGUUGAAUCACUUGGAGGAAAGAGAUUUCGAGAAGUUUACUGAAGGAAAGGUGGAUACAUUGAAAGAGCUUGUUCCCGAAGGAGCCGAAGAGGUGGAUCUCGAGGAGUCAGAUGAUGAUGACGAAGACUCCACCAACGAUUCCGAGUACGACUCUGAUUCAGACGAAGAUUCAGACGAAGAUGACGAAGACGGCGAAGGCAAACCAAAGAAGGAGUGGAAGACCCGUGAGACCGUUCUCAGAGGCAAGAAGUACGAGGACAAGGACGAAAAGAAGGCCCGUAAGGAGGCUGCCAAGCUCGAGAAGCUGGAAAAGAGAAAGACCAAGAUGAAGAAACAUAUCAAGAAAAAGAUCAUUAGCAAGAGGAAAAAUAAAUAG